AAAUUUUAGUAUCAUUAGAACACAUUUCGGCCUUGCGUUUGCAGAGUUUUGAAAGAGAGUUUAAGCCGCAAGUGAGGCGAAAUUCAAUGCCGCGUGCGACCCUAGUGUAAAAGUGAUUUGGGAAGAACCAAACCUGUGGUGAGCUGAUUCUGAUGUCUCAAAAUAAUAAAUGAGGUCUCCUCAAUCUCACACACUAGAUACAUACAAAAAAUCAUAUAGAUAUUAGUUUAUGAAAAAUAGGCCAUAAUGAGCAUUUUGUGGUGGGCCGCGCAUUAAAAGUUUAAUUGCAAACUCGUCUCACACAUACGAACAGAUACGAGCACAUUGACACCUGUAUAUUUUCAGGUAGAAUAGUCAAGCCGACAUAACAUAUAGCAUAGCAUAGUCAAAUAUAUGAGCGUGCGCUUGCUUACUUUCAUAAAUUCUAUUUCUAUUCGAAUUUGGGCCAACCGACCUGCCAACAACAAUGAUUUUAGCCGAUGAGCCGAUAGAAAUCAGUUGGGCGAAAAUCCAUAUAAACCAAAAACGCAAGCUGGAGUGGUGGCUUAGAAGUACAUAAGCUUUCGUGGUGUACAGAAGCGUCAUAGUUGCGAGUGAGCACUGUGUGAAUUCACAUAGAACAGAACAGAGCAUUGCUAAGCAGAAAUUAUUCAAAGCGGCAUUAAGCUUAGAAAUGUCAUCACCAUGUCAUGGUCUAUUAGCGUUGCUGAUCAUUACACUAAUCGUCGAUUGGCCAUGGCCCUGGCCUGAGCGUGUAGCGCAAGCGAUGAGCAUUCCAACGGAACGGCCAGGUCACACACAGUCAAAACUAAAUAGCACGGGCAGUGCGCUCUUUCGUUUGCCCACACAAAUUGACGAGUACGCGGUUUUGGAAGAGUUCGGCAGGCUCACGUUGGCCACCAUGAACCAGAGCGUGGAUCCAUGUGAAGAUUUUUACGAAUACGCUUGUGGCAAUUGGAAACAGACCGAAAUGGUACCGGCGCGUUCGCGGAAUAACACAUUUUUGAACGGCAUGCAGUUUGCCGUUAAUGAAAUGCUCACUCAGUUCUUAAAAAAUGCCACCGAGAAGGAAAUGAAACUGGAUAAUGCGGAGUCUAAGGCGAAGGCGUUUUUCGCAUCCUGCAUGCGCAUGAGCGAGGAUAUGUCUGAUGGCUAUAAGCUGCUUUUGGAGAUGGACGAAUUCGCAUUCAAUUUAAAUGAAAAGCGAGAAUCAAAUGAAACAUUUGAUUGGAUCAAUAUAAACUUCUUGUCGCACUAUGGCGUGUAUCCUUUGCUUCCUCUUAAAAUACACUAUGAUACAGAGAGUCGCAAGUUCGACAUUCUGCUAAGUACCUCGGGUAAGGUUCUGGGCAACUCAGAUGUCAUCGACAUUAAGAAUAUGACAAGAGAUUUUAAAAUUGAGAAUGAAGAAGAACUUCGGCAAUUCAACGAAGAAUUUAAGCUUGUUAUCGAUUUUGAAAAGAAUCUUACAAUGCAUUCGAACAGACGAAACGAAAGCGAGGAACUCACUUUAGGCGAAUUCAAAUUGAAGUACAAGGACAACUUGUUGAACUGGACACGUUACUUCGAAGUAGCAUUCAAUGGAAGCGCUAAAAAUGACUGGAUUAUACAAAACACCAUCGCUGAUGUAGAUCCCCUUGUAAAUUUUUUGCAAAAAUCCGACUUCGAAACUCUGAGGAGCUAUCUGAAGUGGCGCACAAUAGCCAAAUUUUAUUAUUUAUGGAAGUACGAAACGAGUGAUAAGUCAAUGGAGAGUAGUUGUCGGGAGCAUACGAGUAUAUACUUCAAUUAUGCACUGCUUCCUUGGUUUAUUGAUAAUGUUUACGAUGCCGAACGGCGGGAAGAUAUUUUACUACUAGCGAAACACAUUAAAGAAACCUUCUACGAUCUGCUGGGCAAGUACACGUGGUUGGACGACGAAACGCGCUCGAAUGCGAAGACGAAGCUACGUGCCAUGGACAUCACUGUCGGCUACUCUGACGAAAUGCGGCACCGUGACGUCAUCAACCAUGUGUAUGAAGAUGUGAAGAUUGGCGACAACUGGUAUAUGAAUUUACAAGCGGUCGAGAAGAAUCGUGCCAGGGUACGUAUGCGUUCGGUGAAUAAGGCGAUAAUACCGCCCCUUAUGUCAACGCGCGAUGUGAAUGCCUACUAUGCGGACUUUUUAAAUUUGGUCUUCAUAGGCAUUGGCAUUUCUCAGGCGCCAUUCUAUCACCUGAAAUACCCACCAUCUAUCAAAUUUAGCGGCAUUGGCAAUAUAAUUGGUCAUGAGAUGGCGCACGGCUUCGAUUCCUAUUGCUAUCAAUACGAUUACGAUGGCAAGAAACUCAACUGGUGGAGCGAAGCAUCCUUGCGCAAUUUCAAGGAGCGCUAUCGCUGCUUGGAGUCUCAGUACAAUAAGUAUAUAUUCCACGGUGUGCUAACAAAUGGCACGCUCACGUCCGGUGACAACAUUGCAGACAACGUGGGCACGCGCAUCUCGUACCACGCCUACCGAAAUAGUUACGGUAAACUGGAUGGGGACAAGAAGCCCAUACCCGGUGUGAAUUUGACCAACAAACAGUUAUACUUUUUGAAAUUCGCCCAAACCUGGUGCACCGGCAGAGAUGACGCCUCCAAGAUGCGACGCAUGAAGACCGACGUGCAUGCUUACGAAGAGUUUCGAGUCAUAGGAACGCUUCAAAAUAUGCCGGAAUUCAGUGAGGUGUAUAAGUGUAGAUUAGGAUCGGAAAUGAACCCGUUAAAGAAAUGUAUGGUUUGGUGAAUAGUCAACGAGCGAAUAAAGUGCAAAAGAAACAAUGAAAAACAAAGCCUUUACUUAAUAUUGAAGAAAGUUAUUUGUCAAAGAUGAUUUAAUUUUAUUUUUGGCUAUAGUUUUCAAACUAUUUUUUUACUGCAAAGGAUCUUCGUACAUAAUAUUAGGUCUCUGGUUAUUUUAAUGGCAUCAAAAAGUAUCAUCUGAAAGAUCUAAUAUACCUUUUUUCGCAAGUCUACCGACAUCAGUUCUGUAAUAAAAGACUCUUUUGUUCCUCAGGCUUUUGUGUUAUAAGAGCAUAACUGUAAUGAAAUGUAACGGAUUUCGCUGAACAAUGGGGUUCCUCAGCAGCUACAAAUCCAUUAAAGCAAAGUCACAUUUAAUAUUACAUGCAUGGACAUACAUACGCACACAGAA